AUGGCUUUGAAAUCAUUUGUAUCUAUGAUAUUAAAACCUAUGAAUUUAUCAUCUUUUAGUCCUAAAUUACGUUAUUUAUCAUUUAAGGCGCAGUGUUAUAAUUUUGUUAGUUUGGCUCUACAUUCGAAUAGGAAAUUACUAAAUAAAUCGAACAUAGGUCCCGAAACAGGGUUUGACGAAUCUAAAGCAAAACUCAUAUUAUCACUAAAUUUUAAAUCUGCUGAAGAUGCCUUACCAUUCUAUAAAUUGCCAAUGAAGACAUUGAUUCACAUAUAUCAAACUAACAAAAAUGACGAAGCUAAAGGAUUUUGUAUUAAUAGGUUAUAUUAUAUUUCUUCUCGAAUUAAGGUACCAUCAGAAGUGUUAAGUGAAAAAUUAGUAAAGAGAUCUUUUGUGUAUAGCUUAUCCUUUGAAUGGAUAAAGAGAGCAUUAGAUGUGUUGCUAGAAAUGGGUGUGUCUGGUGAAGGUAUACUGCGUGACUUGUGGGUGCUGAAAUAUCAUCAUGAAACAAUUCGUAACAGACUGCAAAUUGUUAAGAACAAUGGUGUUGAAAUUUUACAUCCCUGGAUGGUUAGAUGUUCGGAGGAAAUAUUAAAUAGAUUUUUAAGUAUAUCUCAAGAAACAAAGGAUAUUUUAGGUGAAACUAAAUCAACAAAGAUUUAUUUAGCAAAUCGUUUAAACACUUCAGUUGAAGCUAUUGAAACAAUGUGUAUGAGAAUGCCAGCACUAAAGACCAUAAGAGUCACAAAAGUAAAAAAAUUUUUGGACUUUUUAAUAAAUGAGGGGUUUCCAGUUGAAGAUAUAGCUAAUAAACCUAGAGUUUUAUCUGCCUCUCAGAAAACUGUUGAAGAAAGGAUAGAAAAAUUACGAAAAUUAGGAAUAAGCCAAAUUAAUUUAAAUGUACUUUGCAGAAGUAAAAAAGGUUUCAAAAGGUACUGUGAUUCCAUACAGUCAAUUAAAGAAAAUGAGAAUGAUGGUUUGUCAUCAGUAUGA